AUGACCGUCGACGGCUCUCUCCUCUCGUCCGCCACAAACGGCCGUGUCCUCGACAACCAGCUUCGCGCCUACUCUACUUCUGCCUCUGCUCCCACCGCCACCACCACCACCGCAGAGGACACUUCUACCGGCACCAUGCGCGGCCACCAAGUCUUGCGCCUCUCCUUCACCCCCGAGGAGCGCCACAGGUACAAGCUCACCGGCCUCAUCCCCCACACCGUCGAGUCGCUGGACGCCCAGUGCGCCCGCGCCCUGAGCGUGCUCCGUUCGCGUCCCAGCCCCGUCGACAAGUACCUGUACCUGUCGACCGUCAAGGGCCAGAACGUCGACCUGUUCUACCGCCUGGUCAUGGGCAACGUGCGCGAGCUGAUGCCGCUGGUGUACACGCCCACCAUCGGCGACGUCUGCCUGCAGUACUCGUCGCUCUACACCCGACCCGAGGCCCUGUACGUCUCCAUCAAGCAGCGCCACGCCAUCCGCGACAUGCUGCGCAACUGGCCCUACGCCCCUCCCGACAUCUGCGUCGUCACCGACGGCUCCCGCAUCCUCGGCCUGGGCGACCUGGGCAUCAACGGCGUCGGCAUCCCGAUCGGCAAGCUGGCGCUGUACACGGCCGCGGCCGGCAUCCACCCCGGCAAGACGCUGCCCAUCGUCCUCGACUGCGGCACCAACAACGAGGCCAACCUGGCCGACCCGCUGUACCUCGGCCUGCGCCAGAAGCGGCCCUCGCCCGAGGAGCAGCAGUCCUUCAUGGACGACUUCAUGGAGGCCGCCUCCGACGUCUACCCGGACAUGGUGGUGCAGUUCGAGGACUUCGAGACGGAGAAGGCCUUCAACUACCUGGAGCGCUACCGCGACCGGCACAGGUGCUUCAACGACGACGUCCAGGGCACCGGGGCCGUGGUCCUGGGCGGCUACAUCGGCGCCGUGGACCUCUCGGGCGUGCCGCUCGAGGACCAGCGGCUCGUCUUCAUGGGCGCCGGCUCGGCCGGCGUCGGCGUCGCCAAGCAGCUGAUGGAGUACUACACGCGCCGCGGCCUGAGCGAGGACGAGGCCCGGUCCAAGUUCUACCUGGUCGACACCAAGGGGCUCGUGACGGCCGACCGCGGCGACAGGCUGGCCGAGCACAAGAAGUACUUUGCCCGCACCGACAACGCCGGCGUCCAGUUCCGCACGCUGGAGGAGGUGAUCGAGCACGCCAGGCCGAGCGCCCUGGUGGGGCUGACGGCCACCUUCGGCGCCUUCACCGAGACGGCGGUGCGGGCGCUGACGGCCUCGGUCGACGCCCCCGGCGUGCCCGGCCGCCGGCCCAUCCUCUUCCCGCUGAGCAACCCCCUGACCAAGGCCGAGUGCACGUUCGAGCAGGCGGUCGAGUGGACCGACGGCCGCGCCGUGUUCGCCUCGGGAUCGCCCUUCGACCCCUUCACCUCCCCGCGGGACGGCGUGACCUACCACCCGAACCAGGGCAACAACGUCUACGUCUUCCCCGGCCUGGGCCUGGGCGCCAUCCUCGCCAAGGCCACGGCCGUCACCGACGGCAUGGUCUACUCGGCCGCCGACUCGCUCGCCCGCUCGCUCACGCCGGAGGAGAGGGAGCUGGGCCUGAUCUACCCGCGCAUCGAACGCGUCAGGGACGCCAGCCUCGUCGUCGCCAGGGAGGUCAUCAAGGCGGCCGGGAGGGACGGGGUGUCUGCCCUGCCCGAGAGCCAGUGGGCCGAGUGGGAGGAGUGGGGGGAUGCCGCCAUCGAGAUGUAUAUCAAGAAGAGGAUCUACGAUCCCGUCUCGUUUGACGAUGGCAACGUUAGCAGGCUGUGA